GACCAGUAUGUCAGCCACUUGUAGCAUAUCUCGCCGCCGCUGUCUUCAAGUGCAUUUGGUUUGCUGUGUAGAAUGACCAGCAGACACGAUUGUGAUGCUGCAAGAAUUCAUUUCUGUGGGCAAUAUUGCCGAACUCAACUAACGGCUGGUGCGUGGCAUAAAGGGGCCCAACUGAACAAUGGUUGUGUAGCUUGGGACCAACCUUGUCGGAGACGAUUACCUGAACGCAGUACCAUCCACUGACAAUGUAAGCUCCCGCUUUACUAGUAUACACAGGCUGUAGUGUGCGCGUAGCGGCGUUCUUCUCGGUCGAUACCUUCUCUGUCUGUUUUAAAGAUUGCUGGACCCCAUACCGCUGUUCUACAGGCUGUUGUAAUUGGCUUACCGACUACACAUUUCUGUGUAACGUGUGGACACUACACUGGCGACCGCUUGUACGCUGCACGAGGGACGCGCGGAGAGUGACAGGGACAUGGUGGGACACCGCGGAGGCUUUUUUGUGAAGCCACGUCAAGCGGUGAGUGACAAUUCAGUGUAUUUCUACGCUUCCCUGGAAUCGGUAACAGAUUAUUUCGGUAAUCCAGGCAUGCUAUGAUUUACAUAGCAGUGUUUGCAGUGACAAGUUUCAGAGUUGGCAACUAGGAACCCAUCCUGCUGAUGUCAUUAUCCAACUCUACCGAAGAUGCCCACGUGCAGGCACAUCUGACAACUGUCACGCAGUAGAACACACAGCCUCUGUAGACACUGCUAGCUUUGCCGCGUUUCCUAGAUGUAAGACGAAAGCUAUAGCGCAAUACUGCGUUCUGUAUGAUCUCCUGUUGUUAAGUGUAAUGGUUUUAAGAGGAAGAAAUGUCUUCUCUUAGUAAAUAGUUUCUUAUUUAGUGUGUUGAUUAACUGUUCUGUGGCGGAACUUGAGGAGCAAUCUUUUCUACUUUUGUACUGUGCGUCAGAUGCCUGGCCCGCGAGAGAAAAGACAUCGUUUUAUGUCAAUCUCCGCUCCGUGUGAGACACUUGAACGAGAUACUGGCUUUAUAAGUGAUUUUAUGCAAUCAAGUUUAUGCAUCGCUAACACAUUACUCUCGGGUGCAGCUGGGAUUACAGCCAGCUCGCAUGGCUGGUGAGACAACACAACUUUUCUCAUAUGGCGAAUCUAUCAAAGGACUCCAAAAGUUGUUUGAAUCAAUACAUCAUAAUCCAUAACAAGCCGUGAGUAUUGUAGCUCUAGUCUGCUUCUCAAAGAAGUCCCUGGUUUUCAAGACAUCAUUUCUUGCCUAUUGUUGCAGUGGAGGUCUGGCGUUUUUAUAACAUUUCCACAUUAUGAAACACAGUGUCUGAAGCCAGUCCUACGUUGGCGCGGGGAAAGGAGUUAACUGCGUCAUAUACUGGACUUAUGUGACGGACCCUCGGGACACGAGCAGUGGGGAGGAGGUCUCACCAACACACCGGACAACACACGGGUAGUAUAACAAGGGGAAGGCAGUGUCGGGGCUGUCAGGAGUCCAUGAGAGAGGAGUGCUGGUCAAGGGACAAUAGAGAAUAUAUAUGUCCGGUGCACAAUGGACUGUAACGACAAAUACCCGGAUGUGACUAUUGCAGAGCAGAGGCCACUGACCAACGCCAAUAACGUUGGUACCAAAGAGACAGUUGUCACACUUCGACAACCCCGCGACAAAGGGUGCUAUAUGUCAAGGUUUCAAGUGGGAAUACUGUGUUCAUUUCUCAUUCUUGUGAUUGUGAUAAUUACAUUGUUGGUUCUGUUUUUCGGUACCGAGGUGGGGUGUUUCUGUUACGGCAUAUCCAGGGGACCAGCAUCGUCUGCUCAAGGUCAAACACAGAAGACGAACACCCGGCUGUCCAAUGUAACCGACAACCUGCCCUUCGGCACAGCCACCAACCUCACUAACCCUGGACAUCGGAAGUGCGUGUGUAUAAAUGGUUCCCAUGCGGACAACCAUGGUCUUGAUUCUACCAUUUUCCCCACCCAGACACCUACAGUCACGAACAGUUUACCUCCAUGGCGGAAGAUCCGUCUCCCCCGGGACCUGGUUCCCUCCUUCUACGAGGUGCAGCUGACAGUGGACCUAACUCACUUCAUCUAUCGCGGCUCAGUGAACAUCAGUGUGCGGGUGGUCAAAGCCACCAGUUUUGUCAUGUUCCAUAGGAAUGCUAUAGACAUCAUAGAACGUACGGUGCAGGUGCUACCCAUCGGUGACCAGUACCCUGCCAGGAAGAUCAAGCGCCAGUUCUAUGACAAUGAGUACCAGUUCCAUGUGGCAGAGCUGGAUGGUGAGCUCCCUGCAGGGUCGGAGUACGUGAUCCAAGUGGCCGAAUACGACGGUCAUAUCAGGGACAAUUUAACAGGGCUCUACUUCAGCUCCUACAAGACCAAAGAGGGCAGAACCAGGUAUUUGGCGUCCUCCCAGUUGCAGCCAAUAGAUGCCCGUAAAGUCUUCCCAUGUUUUGACGAGCCCGAUUUCAAAGCCAUAUUCAAGGUCACAAUCAUUCAUCAGCCAGGUUAUCAGGCGCUGUGCAACAUGCCCUUGUAUCGGUCCUCUGUGCUCAACAACGGAUGGCUGAAGAAGGAGUUCGACCCCACACCCAUUAUGUCCACCUACAUCCUCGCAUUCGUCGUCGCAGAUUUCAAGUCGAGAAAUUACAGUUUUAACAAUGGCUACCAGCUCCGUAUUUGGGCCCGGCCUGAUGCCUACUCUCAGACCAAACACGCUCUGGAGUUUGGAGUGAAGACGUACAACUUCUUCACGGAGUUUUUCAACACCUCGGAUGUAGUACCUAAGGCAGACCACGUGGCGGUUCCCGACUUCAGUGGAGGUGCCAUGGAGAACUGGGGCCUGGUCAUCUACCGCGAGACGGCGCUGCUGUACGACCCCCAGGUCUCCUCCAGCUCUAACAAGUACAUGGUGACACUCAUCAUGGCACACGAGAUCGCACACACGUGGUUCGGAAACAUGGUGACGAUGAAAUGGUGGGAUGACCUUUGGCUGAACGAAGGAUUUGCCAGCAUUCUCAUGUUCUUCGCCAUGGACAACGCCUACCCAGAAUGGAACGUCUUUGCCAUUCAAGUGGUGGAAUACAUGUUUCCAGCCAUGGUUAAAGAUGCUCUUGUGACGUCACAUCCGGUGUCGGCGGAUAUAGAAGAUCCAAACGAUAUUCAUCAAUCCUUUGACAUUAUUUCUUACAAUAAGGGCAUGGCUGUAUUGAGGAUGCUACAAGGUUUCAUUGGAUGGAAAAGUUUCAAGGAAGGAUUACAGCUGUACGUCCGCCGAUAUAAGUUCAAGAACGCUGAGCGGGACGAACUGUGGCAGACAUUCACAGAGGCUGUCAACAACACGUACAUCGUUAAAAAGAUCAUGGACACAUGGACCAGACAGACCGGAUAUCCGGUUGUAAACGUGCGCACAGUCAACAACACUUUCAUCCUGGAUCAGGAGAGAUUCCUGCUGAACCAGGAGGAGGCGGAUCCGUUGGACGACAACCCCUUCGGGUACCGGUGGUAUAUCCCCUUCACAUACAUCAUCCAGUACGACAGAGACGUCCGUAAGGUCUGGCUCAACAUGGAGGCAGCCACAAUUAACCGGACAGAAGGUUGGCUGCUGGGCAACGUGGACUACAUGGGAUUCUUUCGCGUCAACUACGAGAAGGACAUGUGGAUGCGACUAGGAGGCCAGCUGCUGUACAACCACACCGUGUUCCCCGAGGCCAACAGAGCGGGUUUGAUAGGAGACGCCUUCGCCCUUGCCAGAGCCAACCUGCUGGACUACGAUAUAGCUCUCAACCUCACCCGUUACCUCAAGAGCGAACUCAGUUACGUUCCCUGGCAGGCGUUUGUGGACUCCAUUGAGGUCCUGCGAGGCAUGAUAGCGACCAAGGAAGCGUAUGUAUACCUGCAGCAAUAUCUGCGGGAUCUCGUCGCCCCUGUGUACAACACGGCUACCUACGUCAAGGGAACACUGCCGGACAAGUACCUCCACCGCAUCAUUCUUGGCAUGGCGUGUGACGUGGGCGUGGAGAACGCUGUCAGUUAUGCCAAGUCUACAUUCAAUGCCUGGAAGAAGUACAACACCAUCCUCGCUUCCGACGUGUCCGUACUCAUCUACUCCGUUGGGAUCCGUGAGGGCGGGACGGACGAGUGGGACUUCGUGUGGGAGAAGGCUCAGUCCACGUCAGUGGCGUCAGAGAAGGAGAUGAUGAUGGAGGCCCUGGCACAGACACAGAAACCAUGGCUGCUCUGGAGGUACGCUAACUGGGUGUUUGAUCCGAACAAGAUCAAGAAGCAGGACGUCCGCGUGGUGAUGAGCUACUUCACAAAGACCCCACUUGCUCGCUCCGUAGCGCUGCAGUUCUUCAUGACCAGAUGGAAGGACCUUGUCAGCAGAUUUGGCCACGAUCCGUUUAUAUUGCCCGAAGUGAUCCCGACUGUGACGUCGUAUGUUAACUCUGAGUUCCAUCUACGUCAGUUGGAGACUAUUUUCAAAGAAACCCCACCUAAAACAGCAUCUAAAGCCGCGGAGAAUGCCCUGGCACUAACGAGAUCCAAUAUUAAAUGGAUGGAGACGUACUAUGAGAAGAUUGCUGUUUGGCUGAAGGACAACGUGACGUAGUAGUCACGUGACAGGGCGCAGCCUCGUGAGGCGUGAUCUGCUCCCGGGGUUUCUAUAUAUGAUGUGGAUGUUGAUCAUGUGUUGGUAUUUCUCUGUAUUGUAGCGAUGGGCCAUUGUCCGACUUGUCUUACUCUCCAUUGUUGUCAUUCUUUAUCAUUCUCAAAUAAAUCGUUUAUCUCUUACUAUGCUC